AUGAUUAUCCUCCUAGUCUGGUUGGCAGUCCUCAUCGCCGUGAUAACGCUGUACUUCCGAAGACUAUACUCCUCCUUCAGCCGCCAUGGCAUCAAGCACAUCAAGCCAGUCCCGAUCCUUGGCAACAUGUCCAAGGUCGUGUUACGCGCAGAACAUGUUAGUGAUGGACUCACAACGGUUUACAACAUGUUCCCUGAGUUCGUUGGCAGAUAUGAGUUCAUCAAGGAGUUGAUUGUGGUUCGUGACCUCGAGCUGGUUAAGAAGAUGACUGUGAAAGACUUCGAAUACUUCCUCGACCACCGCCCCUUGUUGGGCAACAGCGAGUCUUACUUCUCUAGAAACCUGUUCUCUUUAAGAGGUCAAGAAUGGAAGGAUAUGCGCUCCACGUUGAGUCCAGCGUUCACAAGCUCUAAGAUGCGUCUAAUGGUGCCUUUCAUGGUGGAAGUCGGCAAACAGAUGAUGCAAUCGCUUCAUAAAAUUAUAAAAGAAUCUAAGAAUGGCUCUGUAGACUUAGAAUGCAAAGACCUGACGACCCGCUACGCUAACGAUGUGAUUGCCUCCUGUGCCUUUGGUCUGAAAGUGGAUUCACACAAUGACAAAAACAACAGUUUCUACGCGCUGGGGAAGGAGACUUCCACAUUUAAUUUUCCUCAGAUAAUCAAGGCCUUUAUGCUGGCUAACACGCCAGAAAUAGCUAAGUUUUUAAAGUUGGAUUUCUUAUCGGAGUCAUCAAAAGAGGCUUUCAAAAGACUGGUGCUCGAUACGAUGCAAAACCGAGAGUUGAAGAAUAUUAUCAGACCCGACAUGAUUCACUUGUUGAUGGAAGCAAAGAAAGGCAAACUAACUCAUGAAGAUAUCAAAUCCAAUGAUGUGGCUGCUGGAUUUGCUACUGUUACGGAUCGCUUAUGGACUGAUGAGGACCUCGUGGCUCAAGCAGUGCUAUUCUUCAUUGCCGGUUUUGAAACAGUUUCAUCAGGAAUGUCAUUCCUACUCCAUGAGCUUGCCAUGAAUCCUGAUGUGCAGGAGCGGCUGGCACAGGAGAUAAAAGAAAAUGACGCUAAGAAUGGCGGCAAGUUCGACUUCAACUCCAUACAGAACAUGGUCUAUAUGGAUAUGGUGGUGUCAGAGGUCCUUCGACUUUGGCCACCUGCUGUUGCUCUUGACAGAAUUUGUACUAAAGACUAUAAUAUGGGUAAACCCAACCCGAAAGCGGAGAAAGAUUACAUUAUACGCAAAGGAACUGGAGUCUGGAUACCAGCGUUCACCAUUCACCGCGAUCCUGAGCACUUCCCUAACCCUUUGAAGUUCGACCCUGAGCGGUUCUCAGAAGAAAACAGACACACCAUCAAUCCACUCGCGUACAUGCCCUUCGGUGUUGGACCUAGGAAUUGCAUUGGAUCAAGAUUUGCGCUGUGUGAGAUUAAGGUGAUGACAUAUCAGAUCCUCAGAGAAAUGGAAGUGUCCCCUUGUGAGAAGACCUGCAUACCGGCGAAGUUGUCCAACGAAACUUUCAAUCUCAGGCUACAAGGAGGACACUGGCUCAAGUUCAGACCGAGGACUUAG